AUGGAUUCUAAAAUGGAGACCCAAAAACAAACUCAGGAAACUCUUUUAAAGUGUCCUACAUGUGGCAAAAGAUUUGGUCGUGAAGUAAUGAAGCGUCACUUGGAGAUACACAAAGGCAUACAACCUUACAAGUGCAAUAUAUGUGGUAAUAGAUUUUCUAAAAAAAAUUACCGGGACUCACACAAGAAACGACACACGAGAGAAAAGCAGUUCAAAUGUGGCACAUGUGAAAGAAAAUUUAUCAAAGAAGGCGCUCUGAAACGUCAUGAAAAAACACACAUCAAAGAAAAGAAGUGGAAGUGUAAUACUUGCGAGUUUAAGUCCUACUCAAGAUCUGGAUUAAUUCGACAUGAAAUCUCUCACACUGGUGAAAAAAAAUAUGAGUGUCACAUUUGCAAGGGGAGAUUUAAAAACAAAUACAAUCUUAAAACGCAUUUGAAAAUUCAUACGGGAGAAAAACCACACCCAUGUAAAAUCUGCGGCAAACCUUUCUUAUUUAGAUAUAUGGCAAAAAACCAUGAAAAAUGCCAUUCAUUUGAGAAACCUUAUAAAUGUGAUAUAUGUGGUUUUGCGUUUGCCCAGAAACCAUAUUUAAUACGCCACAGAAAAAGUCAUGCAGGCGAAAGGCCAUUCAGCUGUGAUGUAUGUGGGAACAGAUUUUCAAUUAAGAGCACAUUAUCAAAACACUUGCGUACACACACUGGUGAAAAGCCGUACAAAUGUAAAAUAUGUGAUCGAAGGUUUCCUACUGGGGGUCAUAUGGCACGCCACAUUAGAACACAUACAGGAGAACGACCUUACCAAUGUAGUGUGUGUCCGAAGAGAUUUACUGAUAAAUCUCAGAUGAAAGUACAUGAAGUAAGACAUAGUGGUAAAAAACCAUACCCCUGUGAUAUAUGUGGGAAGUACUUUGCUCAACAAGGAAAUAGGAAUCGCCACAAAUUAUCACACAGUGGAUUGAAACCGUACUCCUGUCAUCUAUGUAGUAAAAAGUACAGUCACAAAAUUUCGUUGGUGCAACAUAUAGAUAAGCACAAUGGAUAUAAGAAAUACAAGUGUGAGUUCUGCGGCAAAGGAUUCAUUUAUAAACAAGUUUUGAAGGAGCAUAUUCGCCGACAUACAGGAGAAAAACCAUAUGAAUGUAAAAUAUGUGGGAAAAGGUUUGCCUAUUAUGAUAGUGCAAGACAGCAUCUCAGAAUGCAUUCAGGAAAAAAGCCCCAUAAGUGCAAAUGGUGUGAAAAGAGUUUUUCAGAAAAAAAUUAUCUCAUAAACCAUGAGAGAACACAUACUGGUGAAAAACCAUACAAAUGUGAUAUUUGUGGUCGUUGCUUCAUAGUCAAUGCGCUCAAGAAGCAACAUAUGCGUACACACACUGGUGAGAAACCUUACACAUGUGAUACAUGUGGUAGAAAUUUUUCACAUAAAUGUAGUAUGAAGCUUCACAUGAGAACACAUACUGGUGAAAGGCCUUAUACCUGUAAUAUUUGUGGAAAUACAUUUUCUGCGAAAACCAAUCUAACAAGACACAUAAAAUCCCAUGCACCAAAAAAGAAGUACCGGUACUCGUGUGAAAUAUGUGGAAGAGUUUGCACUGGUAAAUCCCAGUUCAACAAUCAUUUAAAAGCACACAAAAGAAAGCAAGAAGUGGUGGAAAUGAAGCCACAAAAAAUGCACAAAAGUACAAGAAAGAGAAAUGUGAAACUACUGAAACGAAAAUGUAACUUUCGAUGUACGAAUUGUGGCAUGGUAUACCUCCGAAAAAGUACCUUGAAUCUGCACUCACGAAUACAUACCAAAACUAGGUUGUACAAAUGUCAUCAAUGUGGCAAGUGUUUCUACCUUAAACGUACUCUGAAGGUUCAUGCCAGGAAGCAUGUUUGCAGGAAACUUCAUAGUUGUGUUAAAUGUAAGAAAAGAUUUUUUUUCAAAAACAGCUUGAUGCUUCACAAGAAAACGCAUAUUGAACACAAUGUGGGCCCAAUGGUAUCACCUCGACCAAUAAAAAAUUCAGGCUCAUAUAUUGAUAAAGGCAAUUUAUGGGAAAAUGUUUUUUUGCAGACGGAAAGUGAGAACUGUUUCAGCAAAAGUCAUUACACAGAUUACACACCAUUAGAUAGGUCUACGCAAUAUAAUCUGUCAAAACAAUCAAUAAUGUUACAGAAUAUUGAAAGUCGAGAUGUUUGUUAUUCAAACACAAAAACAAAAGGGAAAAUGCAGAAUACUAAGAGGUGGUCACCAUGGUUUACAGAAUAUGAUAUCAAAUGUGAAGAGGGACAGUUCAAUACUGGGUUAUCGCAGAUUGAUUGUCAUGUGCCAAGGUAUGGCAUCACUGGUGAUAUCAGUGAGAUACGUGUAAAGUCAGAAAAAAACAAAGUCACACAAGGACCUCAGUUAGAAGAAAAUAACAUCACACAAGAACCACAGACGAGGGGGAAUGAAAUCACAAAUGACGUCACACAAGAAUCUAAGUCAGAGGAAAAUGAAGUAGCAGUAGAUCCUAAGUCAGAGGAAAGUGAAGUAGCAGUACAACCUAAGUCAGAGGAAAGUGAAGUAACAAUACAACCUAAGUCAGAAGAAAGUGAAGUAACAAUACAACCUAAGUCAGAGGAAAGUGAAGUAACAGUACAACCUAAGUCAGAGGAAAGUGAAGUAACAGUACAACCCAAGUCAAAAGAAAAUGAAAUCAAUAGGUGCACUCCCCAACAUGUGAGGGAGGCAUCUGUUUCCAGAGUCAUAGUGGUGGCGAGUGGGUCCAAGGGGACCCCCUGCCUGAGGUUGGCAAUUGCCGACCACCAGAGCAAGGCAUUCCUCGCCCGUUCGAGAGUGUUACUUGCCUCUCCAGUUCCAGUAAGAGAGCCCGGUGUUGCAACAAAAGUGCACUGUCACGGGUGGUCGCGUAAUGCGGCCUGGGGGAACUACCCUGCAAACCGUGGACAUCAUUCCGAUGAUCCCCAUCAGUUCUCGGAGGGACACAGAGGGAACUAA